AUGGUGCCGUCCUGUUGGAGUGAGUUUCAGCACAAAGUAGCGCAAUUGGAGCAGGAAAAGCGACCCGAUGGAACCCUUCGACAGAUCAAGGUCGUGUACUUUUUGCGCCAUGCCGAGGGCACUCAUAAUGAGGCUCAUGGCAAGUAUGGUUCUCCUCGCUGGGAAGACGAAUUCGCGCGCACCGACGCGUUCUUGGACGCUCCACUGACUGCAUUUGGCAUCAAGGACGCACAAAACAAGGGACCGAUUAGUGUCCAAGCGGAGCUGGAGCAGGGUAUGCUGCCCAUAGAGAGAGUCGUGGUGUCUCCGAUCUCACGGGCUAUUCAGACGGCACAGAAAUUUUUCGCCAAGGAGCAGGUACCGGACGAAUUAUUCACUUGCAUCGAGAGCUGUCGCGAGACGUUCGAUUGUCACACGUGCAACAAACGACGACCGCUGUCGGAGCUCAAGCAGCAGUUUCCAGAUGUGGAUUUUUCAAGCAUGAAAGAUGAAGAGGAUCAGCUGUGGUCGAAGACACAUCGCGAGACGACGGAGGAGAUUCAGAAGCGCGCCCGCGAAUUUUUGCUGGAGUUCUUCCGCACGAUACCGGAGCGCUACGUGGUCGUAGUAGCUCAUCUUAGCAUCAUUGAGGCGAUUUGUGCCGUCACAUUGGGCAUCGAGGUACGUCCUAGCAACUGCGAGGUUGUCCCGAUCGUGAUUGAGGCACUCUGA